AUGAAUAUAGCAAAAACGGAUCAAAAAAAACCAUCCACAGGAGAGUUUAUCAAAAAAAGAGAGUCAUCGGAUGAUCUAGAAUUCAGUGACAAUAACGGAACACAGCCAGCAAGUGAUCUGUUAACAGAUUUAAAUAGUAUUGGAACAUAUGCUGAUAAUGUAUCAGGAGCAAGUGAAUUCGAUAAAUCUGUAGAUGAUUAUAUCAGGCAAAUACUGAAAUAUCAUUCAUGGUAUCAUGGUAUGAUGUUCAGUGGAACUUUUGAGAGCAUGUUGACACAUGAACAUUCGUUUCUUGUUCGAUGUUCAAUUAGUAGAUGCUCAACUAAAAAUUAUCUUUAUAUUUCCACGAAACUCGGUCGAGGAGAAAUAUCACAUUUUUUGUUGGACUACAAUGAAGAGGGAUGGGGUUGUGGGAAACUUCUGGGAUCUCUUCCGAAGACUGCAAAGAAAAGAUUUGUUCACAUUUACCAACUUCUUGAUGCAUGGUCUCUUUUGAUUAAAGAAACCAUACCAGUUCCACGACAGCAAUUAGUGAUUUAUCACAGUUGUGUCACUCUUGGGAAUAAAUUGGGAUGUGGAGCAUUUGGUGAAGUUUAUAAAGCAAAAUAUCUUGCACGUGGAGCAACUGAACCAAUUGAAGUAGCAGUGAAAAAAGAAGUUGGAACUUCAACAAGGUCUGCAACAAAAUUAUUUUGUCAUGAAGCAGAAAUUAUGGGAUCACUUCGACAUACUAAUAUUGUAUGUCUUUAUGGGAUUGCAUCACUCGAGAAACCAGUUAUGUUAGUCAUGGAAUUGGUUACAGGAGGAGAUUUACAGAAAUAUCUUCAACAAACUUUGCACAUUUCAAACAAACAAUUAAUCCUAUUUUCUUUGGACAUUGCAUCGGGAAUGGCACACUUAGCAUCGAAAGAAUUUAUUCAUCGUGAUUUGGCUGCUAGAAAUUGUCUCAUUACAAAGAGUCUACAAGUCAAGAUUUCUGAUUUUGGAUUGGCUCAUAAAGGAAAAGAAAUAAGAGUGAAGAAGUUGAAAAAAGCACCGAUUCGAUGGUUGUCUCCUGAAACACUUCUGAAAGGAAUAUUCAACGAAAAGACAGAUGUUUGGUCUUAUGGAGUUGUGUUGACUGAAUUGAUGACCAGGUGUGCAGCUGAUCCAUUGUCUCCGAGAACCUUAAAAGAAUGCCAUAAAUGGAUUAAAGAAUCCGAACAUCCGCAUAAAAUAGAAAACGGAGAGCCAAAAGAACUUGCUGAGCUUGUUGACAUUUGUUGUGAUAAGAAAAAGUCAGAAGAACGAAAAAGUGGUAAUUCAGCCGACAGAAAACUACCAAAUACCGGAUUGGCUCAAAAGAAAUCAAAAGAAGGAAAACUGAGAUCAACUGAACGUAAAUCUAAAACUCAGCGAAGAAUAACAUCUUUGCUACGUCGAAAAGAGAAGGGACCAUUGAAACUUCCAACUGGAAUGAAUCCAAAUGUAGAGAGACCAUCACCGCCGACUCUUCUUCAAACUCCGCCCAUUAUGAAACCACCCUGA